AUGUCUGUAACAGGUGCUGCGGCGUACAAAAAAAGGGCAGGGAUGCUCUCCAUUCAAGAGGAGCUCCUGCCGCCGAUCUUGGUCUGGAAGUCUAUCGACAGUUCGGUGCCAGUGCCCGUGGUGGAGUUGCCCUUGCGCACUCUUACAAACUUACAGGCGACGCCUGUUACGCUGGAAAAGAUGAUGUUGAAAGUGGUUUCCAAAGGCCCAGAGGACCCAGAGACACUGGUAACGACUGUUUUCUCCUUCAACCACCGGCCCACGAUGAACAAUAUCAGGGAUGCCUUGCAGCAAAUUAUCUCCCGCCAGAAAACAGUUAUCCAGCCGGGUCUCUCGCCCGCACCCGGCGAUGCCACACAAGCUAACGACGCUCCUGCAAAUGGAUCAUUGGGCACUUUUUCCAGUACAGACUCGCUCACGGAAGCCAAAUUGUUGCGCAAUCACACGUUGCAGCAAAAAUUACUUCGGGCACAGCCAGCCUUGUUUACAGCUUUUCAGGAGACUGUUAUCAAGGGAGGAUUGCAUCCGGACGAAUUUUGGUCAACCAGAAUUCACCUUCUCAGAACGUUUGCUCUUGAAUCCUCACAGAGAAGAGGGCCCUACAACGUGCUAUCCACCAUCAAAACCGUCGCUACAUCCGAUAACCAAGUUAAUGUUUCCAUUUCGAUUGAUAAAAUCCAGGCUAUUUUCGAGCAAUACCCGGUUGUUCGUAAAGCAUACGACGAGAAUGUGCCCAAAUUGUCUGAAGGUGAGUUCUGGACGCGCUUUUUCUGUUCCAAGUUAUUCCGCAAGCUCAAGGGUGAAAAAAUUGGGGUAUACGACAAGGGUGACUUGAUAUUGGACAAGUACUGUUUAAUCAAUCUAGACUAUCUCGAGAAGGAGGACGAGGAGGACGAGGAGCAUAUUCCCCGGUUCCUUGAUUUGGAAGGGAACAAGGAUGAUAACUCUCAGAAGUUGGGGAAUGGGCCAGACGUCACCAUGAAAGGAGAUAAUAACCCGGAAAUUGUGCUGAUCUUAAGAAGCAUGAACAAGUUGUCGACUAAGAUCGUCUCCAACUGUGUUCCCCACGGUGAAACCUUUGAGGAGCUCGAAAAAGAAAAGGAAGAGGAGUUGGAAUUUAAGGAUUUAGAAGAAACCCAGCCAAUGAGCUACAUCGAGCUCCACGUCAACUCCCAACACAACAGUAAUUCGUCCAAGACCGACACGGAGGUGACAAUAGCCGAUGCGGACAAAGUAGACGCUGGGCUUCCGGAGUUUAAAGAGAAGAUGAAGGACUAUUUCACCACAGAGCUCGACUUGACCGAGCUCUAUUCUGCUCCGUCGCGCAAGCGAUCAGCGGAGGAGGCGUUCAAGGACACCAUCCAGAUGAUUAAAGCAAACACCAAGCAGCUCAAACAGACAUGGAACGUGACCAGCGUGGAAUCGUUGUUCUCCGGUGUCUCCGUGGUGAACGUCACCACCGAUAUUGACUCUUCCCUCCCGGAUGCGGACUUGGAAACGUUGCGGUUGACACAGGCCACCUCGAUGGAAUUCCUCAAGCACUUUUGGGUGAAUUUCACGAACCGGAAGGGGGUUUCAGCGGCGGGGAACCCAGCGAUGGUCAGAAAGUUGUACGCCAGUUUGAAAAAGUGCCAGGAGCGAGUAGAAAGCAGUAUCCAGUUGGUUGCAGCCCAAAACCCGGUGAAGCCCGAGCCAGAAACUGAGAAAUCGGAAGGCGAGGCUGUGGAGAAACCAGUGGAUAAUGUGCACGAGAGACAUGCGCGUGAUUACAUGGGCAGUAUCAGUCGGAGCUUACUGGUUGCUAUUGACAGUUAUGAGAGCGCUGUGAAGAAGGUGGGCGGGGUUCUCUAG